CACGCGCUCCGGCACGCGACUCGGCCCGAGCAGCACGGCUUGGGUUCUGAAGUGGAAAAAACGUCUGGUUCAGGAGCUGCCAGCUAUAAUGGGAAAUAUGCAUCUGCUGACAUAAUUAAUUUCCUCAUCACCGUGGAUCUGCUGCCGUGGAAAAAAUUGCACGAGAGAGUGGUGACUAUGCCUGAAUAUUAAGUAGCCCGUUUCCGACUGCAUGACAAGGACACCUUUGUAGCCUUCAGAUAGAGGGUGGAGGAAAUUGCGGAUGGAUUCUGGGCGCUUUGACGCCGUGCAAAAACCCACUGGAUCAAAACAUCUGCUGCCUCAGCAGGAGGGGGCCCUCACACUUUGACUGGUUAAGGGCUUGCUAAAAAAUAGAGAGAAAAAUCCCCCCAGUUUUAGGGCAACUGCAAGCAAGGCGAAAGCUUUUUGAACAGGGUGUGCGCGAGAAGUGCCUUGAGGAUUUACGGCUGCGGUUUUUGGCGGUUAGGACGGUAAUGGUUUAAUCUGUACGGUUACUGAAGAAAAGUGCAAAGGCAUUUUAGUUCAGUCGAUUAAGUUUUCGUGAAAAAAACAAAAGAGAAUCAAUUCGCAUCCCUGUUACCACUGCCAUUGUUCAACAUGACCUUGAAAAAGCCCUACAUCGUGUGGAGCUUCUCUUUCCUCGUGUGCAUGGUGUGCUCCCUGGAGCUGGAGUUUACCGGAUCGUUGAACCAAUGGGCCAGGUUUCUCCAAUGGGACCCCAACUUGAACGGCAACCUCAGCUUCCAGUUCAGAACCAACAUGACUGACAGCUUUCUGCUCUACCUGGACGACGGGGGUCGUUGCGACUACCUGAAGAUGGUCGUCUCGGACAGCCAGGUGCAGCUGCACGUCAUGAUGCACUGCGCCGUCCCGCUCAAGCUCAGGGCCGGCCGCAAGGUGCACAACAACGCGUGGCACUCGGUGGAGGUCAGCGUCUUGUUCAAGAACGUCACCCUGACGGUGCACGGCGAGACGGUGCACGGCGAGGUGAGCAGCGUGGGCCAGUACCUGAGAGUCAACAGCAACCUCUUCGUCGGCGGAAUUCCGGCCGAGGAGAAGGCCCGCCGCGUGCACCUGGACAAGGUCGCCCCGCCGUUCAAGGGCUUCGUGGCCAACCUGAAAUACGGGAACGUGGCCGUGUCCCCGAUCAGCAGCCACCAGGUCCGCUCCGUGGCGCCGCGCUCCUGCGCCUUGGAGAACCCCUGCCAGAACGGAGGGAUUUGCUUCGUCGACCAAGAGGGCACGCUUUGCGAUUGUGACAACACCGGCUUUCACGGACGAUACUGCACCGAGGAUGUCAGAUUUGAAAGAGGCUUCUCACACUUGAUGCUUGGUGAUCAAGGGAGAGAAGAGAGCAUGGCCACCUUCAAAGGCUCAGAGUACCUCUGCUACGACCUGGCUGCUCAUCCCAUCCAGAGCAGCAGUGAUGAGAUCACGCUGUCCUUCAAGACCCUGCAGCGCAACGGGCUGAUCCUCCACACGGGCAAAGCAGCAGACUACGUGAACCUGGCGCUCAAGGACGGUGCCGUGUCGCUUGUUAUAAACCUGGGCUCGGGUGCUUUUGAGGCGCUUGUGGAACCAGUCACUGGGAAGUUCAACGACAACAACUGGCAUGACGUCAAAGUAACUCGAAACCUGCGGCAGCUGUCAAGCAUUGGACACGCUAUGGUAAACAAACUACAGAUUGUGGUGACCAUAUCCGUCGACGGGAUCCUCACGUCCACCGGCUACACGCAGGAGGACUACACCAUGCUGGGCUCCGAUGAUUUCUUCUACGUGGGCGGCAGCCCCAACACGGCCGACCUUCCCGGAUCGCCCAUCAGCAACAAUUUCAUGGGCUGCCUGAAGGAGGUUAUCUACAAAAAUAGCGACCAAAAGCUGGAGCUCUCUAAAUUGGCCAAGGAAGGCGAACCGAAAAUGAAAGUUGUCGGGGAGAUCUCCUUCACCUGCGAGAAUGUCGCCGCUCUGGACCCCAUUACCUUUGAGGCACCCGAGGCUUUCAUCACGCUGCCAAAGUGGAAGACCAAACGCACGGGCUCCAUCUCGUUUGACUUCCGCACCACGGAGCCCAGCGGCCUCAUCAUCUUCACCCAGGGCAAAGUGAGCGAAGUGAAGGAUAGCAAGGGUCUGCGGAGUAGGAAAGGCGACUUUUUUGCCAUCGAACUUUUCGAUGGCCACCUCUUCCUUCUGCUGGACAUGGGCUCGGGCACCAUCAAGCUCAAGGCGACGGAGAGCAACGUCAACGACGGAGAAUGGUACCACGUUGACUUCCAGCGAGACGGCAGGACAGGCAGCAUCUCCGUGAACAGCCAGCGCAGUCCGUUCACCGCCGGCGGAGACAACGAGAUCCUCGACCUGGACAGCGAGGUGUUCUUGGGCGGGCUUCCCGAAGACAAGGCGGACCUCCUCCUCCCGACCGAGCUGUGGUCGGCGCUGCUCAACAUCGGCUACGUCGGGUGCGUGCGCGACCUCUUCAUCGACGGGCAGAGCAAGGACGUCCGCCAGCUUGCCGAGCAGCAGAACGCCGCCGGCGUCAAGCCCUUCUGCGCCAAGGACUCGCCGAAGCAGUGCAGCUCCAACCCGUGCCGGAACCACGGCGUGUGCCGCGAGGGCUGGAACCGCUACGUCUGCGACUGCACAGCCACCGGCUACACGGGGCGCUCCUGCGAGAGAGAGGCGUCGAUCCUGAGCUACGACGGCUCCAUGUUCAUGAAGGUGGUGAUGCCGGUGGUGAUCCACACGGAGGCGGAGGACGUGACGCUGCGCUUCGUGUCGCAGCGCGCCUACGGCCUGCUGCUGGCCACGACGUCGCGCGACUCGGCGGACACGCUGAGGCUGGAGCUGGACAGCGCCCGCGUGAAGCUCACCAUCAAUCUAGAUUGUGUCAGGAUAAAGUGUAACUCCAGCAAAGGCCCAGAGAUAUUGUAUGCCGGAAAACACCUCAAUGAUAAUGUGUGGCAUACAGUUCAAGUAAUCCGGCGUGGCAAAACUCUCAAGCUUACUGUGGAUGGGACCUCAGCCGAUGGCCUCAUGGACGGCGACCACACCCGCCUUGAGUUUCACAACAUCGAGACGGGCAUCAUGACAGAGCGCCGAUACACUUCCGUGAUGCCCUCCAACUUCAUGGGCCACCUGCAGAACGUCGUCUUCAACGGCAUGGCCUACAUCGACCUGUGCCGCAACGGCGACAUCCGAUACUGCGAGCUGAACGCGCGGUUCGGCAUGCGCACCAUCAUCGCCGACCCAAUCAUCUUCAAGACGCGUGGCAGUUACCUGACGCUGGCCACCCUGCAGGCCUACACCUCCAUGUACCUCUUCUUCCAGUUCAAGAGCACGUCCAGCGACGGGCUCAUCCUCUACAACAGCGGCGACGCCAAUGACUACAUCGCUGUUGAGCUGGUCAAAGGGCACAUCCAUUACAUAUUUGACCUGGGAAAUGGGCAGGACCUCAUCCGAGACAACUCCAAGCGGGUUCUCAACGACAACCGGUGGCACAACGUGAUCAUCUCCAGAGACAACAACAAUAUUCACACCCUCAAGGUCGACACCCAGACUGUGUCGCAAAACGUCAACGGCGCCAGAAACCUUGACCUCAAAGGGGACUUGUUCAUCGGCGGCUUGGAGAAGAGCAUGUACGCUAAGCUGCCCAAGCUGGUGGCGUCGCGCGAGGGCUACCAAGGCUGCCUGGCGUCGCUCGAUCUCAACGGACGCCUGCCGGACCUGCUGAAGGAGGCGAGCUACAAGGUCAACGAGAUCGAACGCGGCUGUGAAGGACCAAGCACAACAUGCCAAGAAUAUUCCUGCGGGAACCAGGGCAUGUGUGUGCAGCACUGGGCCACCUUCACCUGCGAUUGCACCAUGACCUCCUUCAGCGGCGCUUACUGCAAUGACCCGGGAACAACGUACAUCUUCAGCAAGGGCGGCGGACUCAUCACGUACACAUGGCGGCCCAACGACAGGCCCAGCACACGCGCUGACCGCCUGGCCGUGGGCUUCAGCACGCACCUCAAGGACGCCCUGCUGGUGCGCGUGGACAGCGCCGCCACACUCGGAGACUUUAUCGAGCUCUACAUCAAGCAAGGCAAAGUAGGCGUGACCUUUAACGUGGGCACGGAAGACAUCUCCGUGAAUGAGACGAACGUCGCGGUGAACGAUGGGAAUUACCACGUGGCACGGUUUUCCCGCAACGGCGGCAAUUGUACCUUGCAGCUGGACAACCACCCAAUAAACGAGCGCUACCCGUCAGGUAACAUUGAUAACGAACGCCUGGCGCUCGCCAGGCAGAGAAUCCCAUAUCGGCUCGGCCGAGUAGUUGAUGAUUGGCUACUCGACAAAGGGCGCCAGCUGACCAUAUUCAACAGCCAAGCGACGAUAACCAUUGGCGGGCAAGACAGAGAGCGCCCCUUCCAGGGCCAGCUUGCGGGCCUCUACUACAAUGGCCUCCAGGUGCUCCAUUUGACGGCCAAGAACGACCCGAACAUCAAGACGCAGGGCAACGUUCGCCUUGUGGGCGACGUGCCCUCCAUCCUCAGCACCGAGCCAUCGGCCACGGUACGCCCCACCGACCGCUCCAUGACCUUCAUGGAGAUCUCCACAACCAUAGCCUCCGCCACCCCUCGGCACAACCGCCCACCCACGCGGGACUCGCUCAGCUCGGUGUCCGAUGACAUUUUAGUGGCCUCGGCAGAAUGCCCCACGGAUGACGAGGAUCUCGAGGAGUGUGAGACGAGCCCAGGAGGGGAGUUAAUAUACCCAAUUGUAACCGAAGAGCCCUUAGAAUUCCCUCUGCUAGCCACCCACACUUCAUUCAUCCCCCCGCCACCUACGCACCGCUCCCUGCACCACACUCCGCGCACCGCCACCGCAGCGGCCGCCCCAACGGCCACGCCGUCCCCCCACCGGGGGGCCGCUCCGCGCUGCCCCUUGGACGUGGACGCCGAAGACAGCGAGUGCGGCGGCCCCGCUUUAGUCUCGGGCUAUGGCUCGGGCGUCGAGACGCUUGACGCUAGGCUGCCCCCGAGCGACGACGAAGAUUUUUCGCCGGCCCCGCAAGUGCCCAAUCGGCGGGCCGGACCGGGCGACUCUAGGAGUCGAGACUCGGCGUAUUCCCCCGGCACGGGCCGCCCCGACGCUGCCGGCGAAAUCUCGCGACGACCGCAGGCCAGCGAACCGAGGCCGCUGGCGCCGGACAUAGUCCUGGCGCCGCCGCCGCCGCGCACGGGGCUAGGCGUAGAGAACCCAAAGCUCAGGAAGGCUGUAAUAACCUCCUCCCACCCCGUGUCUCGUGAUAUCCCCACAGCGAACCCGACCGAGGGAGGCAUGGGCGGCAGCCUGCCCGGCCAUACGGUGGUGAUUCGCGAGUCGGGAAGCACCACUGGGAUGGUGGUGGGCAUCAUCGCCGCCGCCGCCUUGUGCAUUCUCAUCCUGCUGUACGCCAUGUACAAAUACCGCAACCGCGACGAGGGCUCCUACCAGGUGGACGAGAGCCGUAACUACAUCAGCAAUUCCGCGCAGACCAACGGCGCGGUCAUCAAGGACAAGGAGGCCAAUGCCUCCAAAAGCUCCACCAAAAACAAGAAAGGCAAGGAAAAGGAAUACUACGUUUGACGCGGAAGAAAUCGAGGAAAAUUGUGGACUUUCGAAGGCCAACUGCCGCCCUCCCUGCUUCGAGACUAUAAAAUGAUGCUUUCGGCCUUUUAAAAGCCCCCCCCCCCACCCCGUCCCCCGUAAGAGUGCGUGCAGACUUUCCAGGGUAGGAUGGGAUGGCGAAACGUGCCACGUAUGAUGAUAUCCGCUCCCUUAAAAAAAUCGAGAAGCCACCGUCUUCAGAGCUGAAGUUGCGGAUAUCUCGCCAAAUCCUAAACAACCAACGAAUCGCAGUGACUGUGAUUGAGAACUUUCGGUAACUCUUUAGUGUGUGUGCAUUAAUCGUUUGCCGCUUAAAGCAUGUAUCCAAAUUUACAUUAGCUAAUCGAUAAAAAAAGAGAGCUUUCUUGCAUACAGAAAACCGAUGCUCGGGGGGGGGGGGGCGGGUUAUAACUGUUACAGUGUCGUUCCUCGGUAUUGUAUUGUGAUGUUUUGCGUUACUGUGUGUGCCAAUGUCAUUCCCACGAGUUGAAGAAGCCCUCCCGUAGGUGUGAUUUAAAAAUAAUAUAUAUACAAAGGAGUUUUAAUUUUAGCAUGUUAUUUCAUGCAAGAUUAUACAAGCUAUACAUACUGAUAAUGUUGAGCAAGGAUACAUUGUGUUUACCAUGUGAUGCUGUAGUGCUCAUUUAUAAAAAGCAGAUCUACGAUGAUUGUGGACAGUAUGUAUAACAAAGGUUAUAAAGUGAAUGGAAAGCAAUGUUUGACGUGAGUAUAAAGUAUUUUUUAUUUAAGUUACUUUACGAAUAAGUUCCGGUUUAUUUUUGUACUUGGUUUGUUGCAUAAUGUUGCACCUAACAUUAUUUGUUGUUUGCUACCUUCUUACAACUGAAUGGGUUUUUUUUGUCACGGUAUGCAUAAAUAUUCGAAUGAUUAUUUCAAAAAGUUUUACUACGAGAUGUUGUUUAUACCAUAUUGCUCUAAAAAAACUAUUCUCACGCGUUUAACCAUCACACCUAAAACGCCUCUGAAUUGAGGAAUUAAAGACUUUUCAUUGAUAUUAAUGGAAGGUUUCAGUUGCCAUACACAGGUGUUCAAUGACAAAGCCGCCACCACUACUAACUACCCUCACACAUUCACUACUAGUGUGGUUAACAUCUUGACCCGUCGCAAUUCCAAAUCUUGACAAAUUUUUUCUUUAGCCGCAUGUCCCACGAAAUCAAUUUUCGCGACGCAUUUUAACAUAAAACGGUCAACCAACGUACGCGCCAUACGCCAAUCAAACACUAAAUGUGAUCAAAAUGAGCAGAAGACUGUGCACGAUGGAUGAAGGUAAGUACUCGGAGUUUCUAAGCUUAAACUUACUGGACCUGUUCCAUCUCCUCUCAGUACUGUGACCGAUGGCUCGGAUUAUUUUUUUCGUGCAAGUGUAGUCGCUUAACUUUCAACACCCUCUGAUCUGCUGACAUGAAUUUCGCGAGUUUCGUACAGCCUCAGAAUGGUCUGUUUAUUCUGCCUGGAGGCGUGCUCAUGCUGAUGUAAAUAAAUGUUCGGAGUUUGUUUUUUGGUAGACAGUUUUGUAAUGAUUUCCCCAUCGUUCUCCAGAUCAGGUUUUUUUUUUUGCGUUGGACGAAUAUGUCAGCAAUAAAGGGUCAUUUUGAUCACGUUUUGUAAUUUUGUGAGGGUAAAGUGGAGGGAGGAGGGAGGGAGGGAGGGGGUGUGCAGGGAGGGGAGAGCAUUGUAAUCCAUUACACUUUUUCUGGUUGCUACCUGGCAAUGUUGUUUUGUCAGGAACGUUUCGGCCACUAAAAUGCCACCCCCAUCCGCUCACCCCCCCCCCCCCACCGACCUGGAGCCCCCCACCAUAAUUUCAUAGCCCGUUAUUUCUAUUCAAUUUAAUGCAGUCAGUAGCUAAUACUGCUUUACAUCAUAUUAACCUCGAAAUAAGUUUUAUUUAAAAAAAGUUUUUUCCUCGCUUCAACCGUUUAGAUUACAUUGUAUCAAAAUUGUAGUAUUGCACAUUAUUGUUUGACGACAAUUAAAAAUCCAGUAUAACAUACAACAGACUGACUCAUGGUUGAAGACUUAAUGUACAAUUUUGGUUCUUUUCUUGACUUCGUACGAGAAAAAAGAAAAUCAACAAUUAAAAUUGUUCAAAUUAUGUGAAAGUUAAAAAUGCAACAGAGUAUGGGACCCUUUGGAAAGCUUCAGAAGAAGUCUUAUUUUAUUGUAGACUACUUUUAUGUUUGUAUUUUUGUAUUCAUUGCAAAAACAAUAAAUAAGUAUUACUUUAUCUCAA